CCUUCAGUCUUGCACAGGUGUACCGGCUCCUCCCCUUCAGUCUUGCACAGGUGUACCGGCUCCUCCCCUUCAGUCUUGCACAGGUGUACCGGCUCCUCCCCUUCAGUCUUGCACAGGUGUUCCGGCUCCUCCCCCCUCAGUCUUGCACAGGUGUACCGGCUCCUCCCCUUCAGUGUACCGGCUCCUCCCCCUUCAGUCUUGCACAGGUGUACCGGCUCCUCCCAUUCAGUCUUGCACAGGUGUACCGGCUCCUCCCCUUCAGUCUUGCACAGGUGUACCGGCUCCUCCCCUUCAGUCUUGCACAGGUGUACCGACUCCUCCCCUUCAGUCUUGCACAGGUGUACCGGCUCCUCCCCUGGACCGAAACGGCUUCUUCUGAUUUCACCGCACACUGUGAGCUUUUCACAACGUGCA